AUGGCGGCCCGACAGCGUCGUAAUGACACUCAUGUGCUAACUGAUGAAGAGAUAUCACGCAUACUGAAUGAAAGUGAUGCAGAAUGUUCAAAUUCUGACUCUGGGGAUGACUUAUUUGCUGAAAUGAAUCAACAGCCUACGAUGUCAGACUCUGAAUGUGAUGCUAAUGACGAAAUACAGUCUCUAAACAUUGAAGAUGUAGCGAAUGGUGGUGUUAAAAAAUCCACAACAGGUUUGAGGAGGAGAGCUACUUGCAUGCCUGAGAUGGGCCCAUCUCUGGAGAACAAACAGGAAAGUGAUUCCAGUGGACCUAAAGGAACGCUAGAAUCUUUCGUGGAUUACUUUCCAGCUGAAUUUUGGGAGCUUUUGGCGUAUCAGACAAACCCGAAAUCUGUUCAGACUAGUUCACUUAGUUUGAAAACAACAAAAUCAGAAAUUUUGCAUUAUAUUGGGAGUGGAAUUGUCAUGGGGACUUUUAAGAUACCACAGAUAAAAAUGUAUUGGUCCAGCCUUCUCCGCGUUCCUCUCGUCACUGAGGCCAUGCCCAGGAAUACAUGUUACAAACUUAGAAGUAAUCUGCGUUUUAUUGAUAACGUAAGUGCUCGGGACCCUAAUUAUAAGCUGUGGAAAAUUUAUUCACUUGUUGAUGCAGUGAGGAAACAAUGCUUAACAUUGCCCAGAAAUUCACAUUUGAGUAUUAAUGAACAAAUGAUUCCUUUCUCUGGGAGGUGUGGUUUCACUCAGUAUGUUCUUUCUAAGCCUAAUCCACUGGGGUUAAAAAAAUUUGUUCUUGCUUCUAAUGACAGACUACUCCUGGAUUUCUGUAUUUAUGUUGGGAAGGGCACUGUUCCAGAAGAUGAUCUGAAGACCCUGGGUUUGGGAGGAGCUGUUGUCAAACUAUUGUCAGUAACUGUCCCCCAAGAUGGCUCUCAUGUAAUUUACACAGAUAGAUUCUUUACAAGUGUUACAUGUGGAGAAAUGUUGUUGGAGAAGAACAUUUUCCUGACACGAACAGUUAUGAGGAAUAGAAUUGGUUCAGCUGCUUCAAAACUGAGGGAUGAUAAGUGCCUAAAAAGAGGUGAAUGGAAUGAGAUUGUAAGGGAAGAUGGCAAACUCUUUGUUGUCAAAUGGAAAGACAAUAAAUGUGUGGCAUUACUUUCCUUUUGCACUGGUAGGAAUCCUGUGGGUACAUGUAAAAGAUGGUCCGAAAAAGAUGGGCAGAAGAUUGAUGUCCACCACCCAGCUGUAGUACAAGUAUACAAUCAAAUGAUGGGAGAUUUGAAUAAAAAGGAUCAGAUGCCUUUGAUAGUUUUUCGACUACAUCUAGACAUGUCACUUAUAAAAUCUCAGGAACUGUGUAAUAUCAGUAAGCAGCCACUGGCAACACAUUGUGGCAUUGAUGAAGAAAGUUUCACAGAUGAGGAACAAUUUACACCAAUAUCAAAAUACAGGAAAGUUCAAGGGACCUUAAAUGUUAAGUUUUUUGAUAUGGACAUUGAGUUUGCUAACAUAUAUGCUAAGUUAACUGAACAGCAAGCAUCUAUAGAUGCUAAAUUCAUUGAUCAACAACAGUCUUCAGAAAUUAAGUUUGCUGAACAACAGGCUAAUUUAAUUGCAAUUUGGAAGGUUAAACUAGACAAACAACAGGCUAAAGUUGAUUAG